GCAUGUUCCCUCCACUCUACUUACAACCUGCUUCCAGUCUGUUUAAAGCUGUACCAACAAUUAAAGAUUUAAUCCUUCUUGUUCAAUUGCGUUUCUUCUUUCACUUGGAUUCUUCCUUGGUUUCUCACUCCAUUUUGAAAAGCAUUUUCCACAGGUCUUUCUGGGUCAGCCUCUUUUGACAGUCCACCCUCUAUCAACAAUUUAAAAGAAAUUUUUUAGAUUAAAAAAAAAAAAGGGACCUUGUGAGAACUACUAUAAGAACCCUCGUAGAGCUCUUCACAAUAGCAUCGCUUACUAAGAAAGCCUUUGCUCUCCAUCAUCUCUUCAUUAGCCUUCUCUCUCUCUUCCCAUUUUCCUGUUUAGCUCUUGCAAUUGUUGUCGUAACUAAGAAAUAUGAAGCUUGCUUUUGCAGCCCUCCUCCUUGUUUCUCUUGUUCUCGGCUCCUCCUUGCACGCCAUGGCCAACGAUCUAAGCCCACAACCCGCUCCGAAUUCAUGCGACGCCAAGUGCGGCGUGAGGUGCCAGAAUGCGGGAGUGAAGGACCGGUGCCUUAAGUACUGCGGACUCUGCUGCCAGAAGUGCCAGUGCGUGCCGUCGGGGACGUACGGGAACAAAUCGGAGUGCCCUUGCUACAGGGACAUGAAGAACUCCAAGGGCACCGCCAAAUGCCCUUGAUUCAUUUCAUUCCUUUUGUAUCUGAUGAAAGUUCAUUUCAUAUUUAUUCCUUUGAUUAUGUAAUAUCGCGUUGUCGAAGCUUAUUGGACCAUUUUCUCCCUGAAUAAUAAUAAAUAUUUGGUUGGUUUUCGUUUCC